CGACCCAAGAGAAGGCCGCGUAUCAUCGCUCCCUGGAAAAGCGGCAAAUUUUUUGCCAUCUCGCCUCUCUCUCUCUCUCUCUCUCUCUCUCUCGCUUCUCUUAUUAAAUUAUAAAAUAAAAAUAAAAAGUAGAGAAGGAAACAAAACCCUUCUUUUCUUCUCAUCUAUUCUCGUCAGUAGAUCUCUCUCAAAUGGCAAUUGAAGAUGCGAGCGACAUCGACAAGCUCUACGAGUAUGGAGAACGCCUCAGCGAAGCUAAGGAUAAGUCUCAGCAUGUUAGCGACUAUGAGGGUAUUAUCACGGCGGCGAAGGGUAGCAUGAAGGCGAAGCAGUUGGCGGCACAGCUCAUUCCAAGGUUCUUCAAGUUCUUCCCCAGCCUCACCAGCAAAGCGUACGAUGCCCACUGCGAUCUCUGCGAGGAGGAAGAGCUCGGGAUCAGAGUACAAGCGAUUCGAGGGCUUCCCCUCCUUUGCAAGGACACACCGGAGAAUGUUUCUAAAAUUGUUGAUGUUCUUGGGCAACUCCUUUUGGCUGAGGAAAACGUGGAGCGUGAUGCAGUUCAUAAAGCUCUCAUGUCUCUUCUAAGGCAGGACCCAAAAGCAUCUUUAACAGCCUUGUUUCACCAUGUUGAGGCCGGUGAGGAACGAAUUCGUGAAAAGGUUCUCAAUUUUAUUAAGGAUAAGGUGUUUCCUCUCAAAGUUGAAAUCUUGAAGCCUCAAGAGCAAAUGGAAAGACAUAUAACUGAUUUGGUGAAGAAGAGUUUACAAGACGUAACUGGUGCAGAAUUUAAAAUGUUUAUGGAUUUCCUCAGUAGUUUGAGCAUAUUUGGAGCUAGUGCUCCUCCAGAGCGUGUACAAGAACUUGUUGAAAUUAUUGAAGGACAGGCAGAUCUAGAUGCACAAUUUAAUGUUAUGGAUAUCGAUCACAUUGACAGACUGAUAUCAUGCCUGCAUAUGGCUCUUCCUUUUUUUCUGAGAGGUGCAUCAAAUGCCAAGUUUCUCAACUACUUGAACAAACACAUUAUACCUGUUUUUGAUAAGCUGCCUGAAGAACGGAAACUAGACUUGCUUAAGAGCCUUGCAGAAUGUUCACCUUAUACAACACCACAGGAUUCACGUCAGCUGCUUCCAUCUGUUGUUCAGCUGUUAAAGAAGUACAUGCCACGGAGAAAAACUGGAGAAGAAACGAACUUUACUUAUGUUGAAUGUUUGUUGUACACGUUUCACCAUUUAGCUCACAAGACUCCUAAUGCCACGAAUAGUCUAUGCGGUUACAAGAUAGUGACUGGCCAACCAUCUGACAGGCUUGGGGAGGAUUUUUCAGACCAGUAUAAGGACUUCACUGAGAGGUUAACUAAUGUUGAGGACCUAGCUAGGGGUGCUAUGAAGAAACUAACUCAAGGGAUGGCGGAGCACAACAAGGCAAUGGCUGCUGCUAAGACUGAUGAGGCAAAGGGUGGCAUUAAGAUAAAGAAGCAGAAUACUACUACAGGGUUGCGGACCUGCAAUAACAUACUAGCAAUGACUCAGCCACUGCAUUCAAAAUCUCCAUCAUUUAUUGGGGAUAAGAAAAUCAGUCUUUCGUGGAAAGAAGCAGCAAAACCUUCACCAUCUUCAACGACGGCUUCUGUAGGAGGCAAGCGAACUGUGCCUGCAGCCAAUGGUUCGGGUGUUGCUGCGACGGCAACCAAAAAGGGACGUGGCAUGGGCGGUGUACAGAGCCAGCUUGUUAACAGAGCAUUGGAAGGCUUAUCUCAUGGCAGAAGUGGUGCAAGAAACAGGGGUUGGGGUGGUGGCCGUGGAAGAGGAAGGGGCUACCGUUAGCUUCAGCAUGCUUCUUUCUAAGAUGUACUCUUUCACCAAGAACCACCAAGUGUACAAGCUGGCUCAUUUGCUCCAGUCAGGGCGACAGGCAGAUUUUAGAUUUCUAUAGAGAGGGCCGAUGAGAGAUUGAAAUCCGGUCAAACUAGGUUAGUUUUUUUCAUUAAAUUCUUCUUGAAGCAUUUCUUAUUACAAUAGAUAGGAGAUUGUGCCUUUGACCUGCAUCACCCGAUCUAAUUUUAGCUGAUUCCAGCACUGUAAAAAUUGGGUUAAUUCUGGAUUGGAUUUGGCGGGCCACUGCUAUGCAUUCAAUCUCACAGUACAUUCCUUCUUUAUGGCCCGCCAUUAUAUUUUGUUGUAUUUCUCACAUUUGGGAAUAUUUUGGUGCAUUUUAUCAGCUCUAAAAGUGAUUCAAUCAA